AAUUCCAAAAUCCCCAAUCUUUCUCACUCGUAGCUUUACUCUUCUUCUCUCUUCAUUUCAAUUUCAAAAACCGCUAAAACCCUACCCUGAUUGAGAACCAGAAAUGCCUCGCGAGAUCAUCACGCUGCAGGUCGGCCAAUGUGGCAACCAGAUCGGAAUGGAGUUCUGGAAGCAGCUCUGCCUCGAGCACGGCAUCAGCAAAGACGGCAUUCUCGAAGAUUUUGCAACCCAGGGAGGUGACCGUAAGGAUGUGUUUUUCUAUCAAGCAGAUGACCAGCAUUAUAUACCACGUGCGUUGCUUAUGGAUUUGGAGCCUCGGGUGAUUAAUAGCAUACAAAAUGGCGAAUACAGGAAUCUCUACAAUCAUGAGAAUGUAUUCAUUGCGGAUCAUGGAGGAGGUGCUGGGAAUAACUGGGCAAGUGGAUACCAUCAGGGAAAGCAAUAUGAGGAGGAUUUGAUGGACAUGAUUGAUAGAGAGGCAGAUGGCAGUGACAGUCUUGAAGGUUUUGUGCUAUGCCAUUCAAUUGCUGGUGGAACAGGCUCAGGGAUGGGUUCUUAUCUCUUGGAAACUUUGAAUGACAGAUACAGCAAAAAACUUGUACAAACUUAUAGUGUAUUUCCAAACCAAAACGAGACUAGUGAUGUGGUGGUACAGCCAUACAAUUCCCUUUUAACGCUCAAGCGUUUGACCUUGAAUGCUGAUUGUGUGGUUGUUCUUGACAAUACUGCACUCAAUAGGAUUGCUGUAGAGCGGCUUCACAUCACAACUCCCACUUUUACUCAAACAAAUUCUCUAGUUUCCACUGUCAUGUCUGCAAGCACUACAACAUUACGGUAUCCAGGAUACAUGAAUAAUGACUUGGUUGGCCUCCUUGCUUCUUUGAUCCCUACACCUCGGUGCCACUUUUUAAUGACAGGAUAUACACCUCUUACUGUGGAACGCCAGGCUAAUGUAAUUAGGAAAACAACCGUACUUGAUGUGAUGAGAAGACUUCUUCAGACAAAAAAUAUUAUGGUUUCAUCUUGUGCCCGAACAAAAGAGGCUAGUCAGGCAAAAUAUAUAUCAAUUUUGAACAUUAUUCAAGGAGAAGUGGAUCCUACCCAGGUCCAUGAUAGUUUACAGAGAAUACGUGAAAGAAAACUUGUUAAUUUUAUUGAAUGGGGACCUGCUAGCAUUCAGGUUGCUCUGUCUAGGAAGUCUCCUUACGUGCAAACAGCUCACCGUGUGAGUGGACUCAUGUUAGCCAGUCAUACUGGCAUCCGCCACUUAUUCUCAAAGUGCUUGAGUCAAUACGACAAGCUGAGAAAGAGGCAGGCUUUUCUUGAUAACUACAGAAAUCACCCAAUGUUUGCUGACAAUGAUCUUUCAGAAUUUGAUGAAUCCAGAGAUAUGAUUGAGAGUCUUGUCGAUGAGUACAAGGCUUGUGAGUCCCCAGAUUACAUCAAGUGGGGAAUGGAGGAUCCUGACCAUCUCAUGUCAGGAGAAGGAAAUGCUACUGGAACAGUGGAUCCAAAGCUAUCAGUUUGACUUUGUAACUCUUUCUGGGAACUGUGCGUUAAGCUGAGUAGGAACGGUGAAGAGUGAAUUUGAUUUUCAGUUAUGCUUGUUGAUCGUCUGUAGGAAUCCCCAUAUUCAGAGCACAUAUGAAGUUUGAGAAUCUUUUGUUCUCCUUUUUUGGUGUUUCCGUUUGUACUAACGAACAUGCUUGUGUAUGGAAAUCAAUCAGUUCAUCGCGUGAUUUUUAUUCUA